AUGGCACCUUAUACUCCUUCGAAGAUCCUUCAAAGGCCAGACGAUAGACUCUUUAAACUAACUGUAAAUUUCAAUGUCAAAAGGACAGUAGGGACUCUUACAAGGAAUGCAAGCGAGAAUAAACUGAUACAGCAAUAGACCAAUUAGAAUCGUAAAAUAUCUGAUAGGAGCAGCAGUGCUUUGAUGAUACUUGAUAAUCAAAACAGCUAUUAAGACUAUGGACUUUUAAAUAUACCCUCAUACAAUUCAAUUAUGAAAUAUCCUAAGUAAUUACUCCGAAAGGAUGAGCUAAUAAAAGAAAUUGAGAAUGAUGAAGGCGCUAAAAUACUGUCUCCUUAGACACUCAAUCAUUUAAUUAAGGAGAAACAGAUGGGGGUUAGUUAAAUUGAGUCUACGCUUAGAAAGUCAAGAAGUACUUUAUUCCCAGAUAUAUCUCAUUCUAAAGUACCAGAUAUUAUAACUAAUGUAUCUCUGCUUAACCAAAAUGGGCAAUCAAUACUUAUGAGUAAUAGUGUGAAAGGAGGAGGCAAGUAGGGAUAAAAGCUUGAGAAAAUAUUGCAUUAAACUUCUCGGAAUGGCUAUAUUAUGGGUCAUCCUCAUACUCAUACUUUCAAAGUCCAAUAAGCAAGUUUUUUAGGCAGAGUUCAGACCACUAAUCACAUUUAAACAGUUAAUAUUUCAAAGAAUGAUUAAAGUAAGCACACUCUAAGAGAACCUCUUUGUAAAUAAAACUCUUUGAUAAGGAGCUAACUCAAAGUCAAUAAAGAGCAAUCACUCUAAACAUCAUUUGCUUCCCCCUCUUCACAAUAGUCAUUUAUCUCACCCUUUAAGUUUAACAGAGAUUUGGAGAACUCUGUGAGUUACGGUCCAGCUUGUAAUAGCAUCAUCUGCCUACCUUAGGAAAAGAUAGACAAAGCAAUAUCAUUAUGGGAUUAAGAAAAGAAAUUCAGAAGAAACUAUGAGAUCUAGAUGAAAUUCAGCAACACACUGAAGAACAUCGCGAUUCAUUAGGAGCUGAAGAAAAAACACUCUAGGAUUAGUUCUUUGGGGUUACUGCCAAAAAUAUCCAUAGAGGAUUAGGAGGAAUAUGAUGAGGGAGAAGAUUACUUUCACAUGUAAAAAGGAUUAAACAAAAGAAGUACUGUAUAAUUAUGA